CAAUCAGCUCACACAAGCACCACUUGGCCACGCCUCCAGAGCCAGACUCCUCCUCUCUCCCCUUCACCUCACAGGCCGUGUCAGAAGAAACACCAAGCAGGCUGAAGACUCCGCCCCCUCUCCUCUGCUCCACCUCCUCCUCUCGUCUCACCCAUCAUCUCUGACUCCUGCUGCUCCAGUGGGCGGGGCUUUUGGUGAGUGGGUGGGGUUUCGUACACACAGAGGUCAAGGGGCGUGGUCUGUCCACAACAACCACCUGUAUAAAGGGGCGGAGCUUCAACCUGUCUUCAAACUCCCCACAAGAAGAGCGCCACCUGUGCAGCUGCUGACAGAGCUUUGUCCCUCUGGUGUCUCCUCUCGGUCUUCUACCAGAUGGACUGUCCACAGAGACAAGAGGCGAAGGACACCGGGAGAGUCAAAGAAGAGGACAGAGGACGAGGGCCUGGUGUCUCUUCAGGGUGUCAGCGCUGACAGACCAGGUGAAGAAGGAGAGAAGAAACCAAGUGACAAAGGUCCAGUCGCCUCCGCUGCUGUUCCAGGGUCACCAUGGUGUGUGGUGUGGACCGCAGAUGAUCGCACCUUCUUCUUCAAUCCCACAAUGCACCUGUCUGUGUGGGAGAGACCAGGUGACCUGACAGGAAGAGACAUCAGCGGCAUCAUCCAGGAUCCGCCCCACAAGAGGAAGAAGAUGCCUGGUGUCCAUGGUAACGAGGAUGAGGACCAACUGAACUCAAAGAGGAACAGGUUGGAGAAGCCAGGCUCUCUGUUACCAGAACCAGAGGAGAUCCAGAACCUUCCACUGGACCUGAGGAAGACUCACUUCACAGAGAUGAUGCUGGAGAGAGGGGUGUCUGCGUUCUCCAGCUGGGACAAAGAACUUCAUAAGAUGGUGUUUGAUCCACGGUACCUGCUGCUGACCUCAGACCAGAGGAAAAAGGUGUUUGCUCAGUUUGUGAAGAGCAGGAUGAAGGACGAGUUCAGAGAGAAGAAGAACAAAGAACUAAAAGCUCGAGAGGAAUUCAGACAACUGCUGGAGGAGGCAAAGAUCACCAGCAGGUCCACCUUUAAGGAAUUCUGUACUCGUUACCGUGGCGACCAGCGCUUCAGUUCUCUCAACAGGAAGAAGGAACAGGAAGUGCUGUUCGUCCAUUACAUCACAUCCUUAAAGAAAAGUGACAAAGAGAAUCGAUCCAGACUCAGGAAGAUGAGAUGAGAAACAUCCAUCAGAUAAGACUUCCUCAGGUUUUUGGAGACCAGAACCAGAACCAGAACCAGACACUGACAUCCUCCAGUCCUGCUGCUCUGAUCAUGAGUCCUCCACUGGGGGUCCAGAGCCUGGACUUGAACAUCAUUCUAACUCUGUGCUCAUGAAUCCCAGUCUAAUGAACAUGAACCUGACUUAGAUCUUAGAUCCUGGUCUCAGGAUCAGGAACACAGACGUUGAUCUCAUCUCACCCUGUGAUGGGUCAGAACCAGAACUUGUUUUUAGAUCUGGAUCUUCCAAACUCAUUUAAAAUGCACUGACCCAGUAUUGAACCAAUCAGAACUCUUUCUCUCAUCCCUCUGGUUGUUUCCGGUUUGUUGUUUGUUUACUUCCUGUCUGUGCUGGCUCCUUCCUGUGAAGAUGAUGACCCUGGUCUUCCUUCUGACCUUUUCACAGUUGAGGCGUCUGAUUGGAUGAUUAGGAUUUUCUCCUGACAGUUCAUUGGGUGUUUCUGCUUUAAAAUAAACAUUCUUAAGCUCUCAUGGGUGUCACUCUGGGCGUCUCUCACGAAACAUGCACUUCCUGUCACAUGACUUCACCUGUGUGGGGAACACUGGCUCUUCAGAUCAUUUCAGUCGGUUCUUUUUCUGUUGCUAUGGUAACCUGUAACCCCUCCUCUUUUCUGCCCCUCUUUUUGUUCUAUUUUGCUCUUCUCCCUCUCCUCCUCAUCUGACACCAACGUCCCGUUCAUUCCGUCUGGUCGUAACAAGGACAAUAAUUAAACCUCAGAGAAUUGAAUAAAUACUGCAUGUCUCAGAGAAUGGAGAGAACCAACUCUAUUGUUGGCACAAUGGCGGGCCCUGGUGGAGAGAAGACGGCAUGUAAACUUGGCUUCUCUUUUCCUCUUCUUUUUUACCCACUUCAUUCUCUAAUAAUCCAUCAACUCUCGGGAAUGGCGGACCCUGGUGGUCAGAUGAUGCGGCUGAUGAACUUCUGUCUUUCUGUUUUUGAAGAUCAGCUCCUUGAUUUUUUGACUCGAGGAGAUGAUGAAUCUACCGCCUGAUCAUCAGAGUCACGUGACUGUGGUGCGCUGGUACGGCAUGAUAAAGACUCGCCACCAGAGGGACCCAAAGAGUCCUCCAUCCAUCACGCUGACUGAGGGAUGCUGGGAGGAGAAGGAAGAGGAGGAGAGGGGGAGGAAGGAGAGGCUGCAGAGAUGCUAACAGCACCGACAGCCACUAACAGAGGCUAACAGCUAACUGCUAACUGCUAAUACCAAGAGGGAGAGUGUGUGUGUGUGAGGGGGGGGGGCUGGAUCUGGCAACACACAUACACACACAACAUGCACAGAGACCAGCUGCAGUGAAGCUAACUGCUGUUAGCAUUCUGUGGAGCCAAGGCUUACCCACUGACACACAUUAUUACACACACACACA